CGUCAGUUCGUCUUCUGAACAGUCAUUCUCUCAUUGCUUGGGGAACUUGUUUCUCCGGCGUUCGUUUUUGGUUUUUUUCUCACACCAUAUACGAAUUGACUCGCCAUUUCAUUAAAUAAUGCCUGCUACAGAAAACCCCGUGAAAAAUGUGGUUGUACACCCUCUCGUUUUGUUGAGCGUCGUGGACCAUUUCACACGUAUGAGCAAAAUCGGUAACCAAAAGCGUGUAGUGGGUGUCCUACUCGGUGGUCUGAGGAGUAAAGGAGUUUUGGAUGUUUCAAAUAGUUUUGCAGUUCCUUUUGAUGAAGAUGACAAAGACAAGUCUGUGUGGUUUUUGGAUCACGACUAUUUGGAGAAUAUGUCUACUAUGUUCAAGAAAGUUAAUGCCAAGGAAAAGAUUGUUGGUUGGUAUCAUACUGGCCCAAAACUUCAUCAGAAUGAUGUUGCCAUCAACGAACUUAUCAGACAGUAUUGCCCUAACUCCAUCUUAGUGAUUAUUGAUGCUGAACCAAGAGAUAUGGGGCUCCCAACUGAAGCUUACCAUGCUGUUGAAGAAGUCCAUGAUGAUGGCACUCCUACUAGUAAAACAUUUGAACAUUUGGCAAGUGAGAUUGGGGCAGAGGAGGCGGAAGAAGUAGGAGUAGAGCAUUUGCUUCGGGAUGUUAAGGACACAACUGUUGGAACUCUAUCACAGAGGAUUACAGCACAGUUAUUAGGUUUGAAAGGCCUCUUGAAGCAAGUCCGACACAUACACGAAUACUUAGACCAGGUAAUACAAGGAAAACUGCCAGUGAACCACGCCGUAGUUUACCAGCUACAAGAUAUCUUCAAUUUAUUGCCUGAUGUGGCGGAUCAACAGUUUGUCAAAUGCGUACACACCAAAACCAAUGAUCAAAUGUUGGUUGUCUACCUAGCAUCGCUCACUCGAUCCGUCAUCGCCCUUCACAACCUUAUCAAUAACAAACUUACAAACCGGGAUGCCGAACGUCGUAAAGACGAGAAAGAUAAAGAAGGAAAGGAAAAGAAAGAGGAAAAGAAAGAAGAAAAGAAAGAAGAAAUUACAAAAGACAAAAGUUCAAGAGGUGUCAAUCAUGGACUGGAAAUACAUCAGGAAGUAAUUGACUAUGCUCACGAAAAGCUACAAGCGUUCAUCAAGGGGAAUUCUGCGAUAGACGAGUAUGAUUUCUGUAUUCCCCAGUUCGAACAAGGCAACUGCUUGUCGUUGGCUGCAACCGAUCGGCGAUAUGAUCGCAUAUAUUGUGGUGCGGCUUGCCCUGAAGUCUAUAAUAAUUACAUAAAGCAGCUUGUCGAUAUUGGUGGAAUACUAGUCAUGCCCGUGAACGAUGAACUACUACAAAUCCGCCGAACCGAUGAAAAUUCGUGGUCAGUUAACCGCGUGCUACCAGUUUCUUUCUCUUCUCUGAUACUUCCACAGCAAGAAUUCAUCGAAGACACCGUUCUACCCCCCAUAAACCCACAUAGCCUUCAGAACCUAUGUCGAAUUCGCAUACGUUCAGUACUUCGGCAAAAAGUAAGCGCAGAGCACCCUGACUUGUGGCAUCGCAGCCGAAAACAACCAAAGGAGACGAGUAGAAGGGCUGUUAUGCGUCGUUGCGUUGUUCCCUUGUUUGCAAAUACCGACAGCGAUAGUGAUUCACCAGUUGAAAUUGAACCGGCGGAAGCCGCAGAAAUGUCGUCGAAUGAUUCUUCUGAACACAAUUGUAUACCGCCUAACAAUGAAGAAAUAUCAAUUGACCGACGGGCUGGAGUGCGAUCAGCUGAGUCGCUAAGCGACUCCGAAGAUGUAGGCGCUAAAACGAAGCGGGAAAAGUUCGAUAGCGGUGUUAGCGAUCUCCUAGAGUCUGGUAGUGAGCGAAGUUCCUCUUCUUGUAAUCAGUCCCCAGCCGGGGAAUCAUCUGGCAGACCGUCGUCAGUUUCUGAGCGCAACUCCUCAGUCAACAAUGGUGCAAUGGCGGCUUCUGCGGAGAGGGAAAACGCAACUACGAUGCCUGAAGAAACAGAAAGACAAGUUAGAACUCGAGGCCCUCGACCUGGAAUACGACUCAUUACGCAUUCUCUCCGAGCAGAAGAGAGGGAACGAGCGGCAUUGCUUAUAUUUGAAAGUCAUAUGGAUGCUGAAGAGACUUCCGAUUCAAGCGAGGAUGAAGGAGCAGUGAGCAAAAGAAUGAUAACAGAAAAAAGUUAUUCUAGUUACGUCGUAACGAUUGGUCAAAUCAUCUAUAAGGAAAAUGAGCUCCUACGCGCCAAGUUGGAUUUGCUUAGCAAAACAAACAUGGUUGAUUUUGCCAUGGAUGUCCAUAAAAACUUGUAUCCUGACCAGGAAAUUCCCCCAACACUGAAGGAUAAGCGUACUGUAGUUGUUGAGCAGUUAAAAAAGAUGCAAGCAGAAACAGAACCAAUUUUGGCAAUGUUUAUGAAUCCAGAAGUUACCCGGCAGAUUCAGUCCUCCAGAGACUCAAGGCAGUUACUAGACUACCUUACCAAAAACCAUGGCCUAAAGCCAGAAAUGCUUGACAAACUAUACCUGUUUGCCAAAUUUCAGUAUGAAUGUGGUAAUUAUAGUGGUGCUGCUGAAUAUCUCCACUUUCACCGCUUUUUAGUUACUCCAAAUGAUAAAAAUUAUUUGAAUGGAUUAUGGGGCAAGUUGGCGUCUGAAAUUUUGAUGCAGAACUGGGAUACUGCCCUAGAAGACUUGAAUAGGUUAAAGGAAUACAUUGACAACAACACCUUCAAUACCCCACUCCAAGCUUUGCAACAAAGAACCUGGCUUAUUCACUGGUCCCUGUUCAUUUUCUUCAAUCACGCAAAAGGCCGUGACUUGAUUGUAGAAAUGUUGCUAUACCAAAAUCAGUAUCUAAAUGCUAUUGAAACCAUGUGUCCUCAUAUUCUUCGAUAUUUGACCACCGCUGUUAUUAUCAACAAACAGAAUCGCCGCACAAUGCUAAAAGAUUUGGUGAAAGUUAUUCAACAAGAAUCCUAUGCUUACCGUGAUCCGAUUACGGAGUUCAUUGAGCACUUGUAUGUGAACUUUGAUUUUGACGCUGCCCAACAGAAGUUGCGCCAAUGUAAAGAUGUGUUGCUGAACGACUUCUUCUUGGUUGCCGUACUGGAUGACUUUAUCGAAAAUGCCCGAUUGAUGAUUUUCGAGACCUUCUGUCGUAUUCACCAGUGCAUCAGUAUCAAGAUGUUGGCUGAAAAAUUGAACAUGACUGCUGAAGACGCUGAACGCUGGAUAGUAAACUUGAUCCGAAAUGCGCGGCUUGACGCCAAAAUCGACUCGCAGCAAGGACACGUUGUGAUGGCGACUCAAACCGUAUCGCCUUACCAGCAACUCAUUGAGAAGACCAAAAUGCUCUCCGUGCGCUCUCAGAAGCUAGCUGCUGACAUUGAGAAGAAACUUAAUGUUCGGAAUGCAGAUAUACCUGACUACGCAACUCGUGUCUGCCAUAAUAUGGCCACCUCCCUCCCCUUAUUCUCUAUACUCUACCCCUCCAUUCGGCGUUAUACAGUCCAGCCGACUAGGAAAUCUGAGACUCCAGUCGACUGCCAGUCUUUAAAGAGAAAAGGGGGACUCUUACACAAUCUACUACUUUCCGUCCAAAGGGUUGUUCGAACUCCAUUAUUUAUCCGGUGGUACGAGGCGUUGUCUCUCGCCCUUUACUCCAUCAGCGAAUCAAUCAUUUUCAUACCGAAGAUGGUAAAGGGUAAGAAAACCGACACCAUGGAAAUUUUACUGAAUCAAACUGGUGUCGGCAGUUUGCCUCCUCAGCUACCUUCAACUAAUGAAAAAGUGGAAGAAUUGGAUGAAACCCCUCCACCGUCUCGCCCACCAUCGCCUCCACCGUCUCCUCCGCCAUCUCCAACGUAUUCUGACAAAUCCCAAAGUUCCGAAUGGUCUAUAGAUGUAGAAGAGUUGAGUGAUGAACCAAGGCCUGCCAUUCAAGCGAGAAAGGACAAAUCACAUGCCGAAAGACCUCGUUCCAGCUCGUGGUCACGUAGCCUCAUGAAUUCAUUUCGAAAAAAGAAAAAGGACAAAAAAUUAAAACCUGAGGACUUGUACAAGACCGUACCGCUUCCCGCGGAUUUUUCCACCAGGACAGAGGAAGAAGUGGCCGUAGAAAAUGAAUUGGAAAUCAUAUUGCGUGCGGAAAAAUUGAAAGAGCAAGAAGACGUCCAAAUACAAGCAACGGCAGAAGAAAGAAUAACACCUGGUCCAAUAGAAGGCGAAACAGUUACAACGCCAGAAGCAACAGCAAAAGCUCCGUUUUCGGAAAAAAAUAACAGGAUGUCCAGAAUAUUAAAUUUCGGAACAUUUGGGCGGCGGAAAUCUAUGCCUGUCCAAGAAGAACCGGUGAAGGAUGAUCCCAUAGAUAGUGAAAUCAAGGAAAAUCAGGAAAUUAAAAUUGAACAGGAACAAGAAAACAAACCCGAAGACAAAUCAGAAGCAAAAGCCGAAACUGACGGGGAAGGAAAAAGUUACAGCUCUGAGGAAGAAAGCGGCGAAUCAAAAGCUAAAAGCAAAAGCAAGUCAAAGAAAAAGGUGAAAUCCAAAUCGGAAAAGAAAACCAAGAACAGUAGAAAGGAAAAAUCAGAAGAACAUCCUGAAACGGCGUUAAACAAUGCCGAUAACGAGUCUAGCCCCAAAGUUGAAAAUUUAGAAAAACAAAAAGGAAAAAAUUCUAAGAAGUCGUUGGACAAAACCAACUCAAAGCAAAAAUCUAUUUUCUCAUUCAGAUCUUCAUCGAAAACAGUAGAGCAAAUUAAACCAGAAACGGAUGACAACACAGAAGAGGUUAACGAGGAACAAGUAGAGCCGAUGUUUGAUACUGCCAUGAAAAAUGAAACUCAACCGACGGAAAAUGUGAAACCUAAACGAAGGACGAUAGCUAACUUUUUUAAACGUCAGAAGAGUACAAAGGACAACGAGACUCCAGUAGCGUCUGCAUCAAACUUGGAUGCUCCGAAUUUGAAGAAAGAUAACAAAUUCCGCAGUUCUUUUGCCAAGAUAAAGAAAACAAAAUCGGUGGACGCGGAAACUAGCCCGACCGAAGACACAAUGGAAAAGAACAAGAAAUCCCAGAGAUCAGCGUCCUUAGCAUUUGGCAGUUCAUUCAGUUUAAAGAGAAUGUUCCAAACAGAUUCGCAGCCUGGCACCCUUGAACGACGUACAGGUAGUCCUGGAAUUUUAACAAAGCGAGGCAAAGGAUCUUCCACUACCAGACCGAAAUCUGUUCAACUAGAUGAGCAUCCCCUUGAAAUUGAAAAUAUCCCAAAUGCUUCACCAACAGCAUUAAGGUCUUCCAGAAGUAAGCUUGGUGAGCGUUUCAUCACUUUUACAAGGGAUUCGUUAAGAAUGAAGAAAUGGUCUAAAUCUGUUGACCACAGCGUGACAGAAGUAGCUGAUGAAGGCCUGCAAGUGCCAGUUGAAUCGGAAGAACACAAUGUUACAGCUCAUAAAGCUCCCGCAAUGGAACUUGAAGGAACCCGAACAAGUGUCACCGAAAUCCCUACAAAUCCUGGUGCGGAGUUCAUAACUGAAGCUAAAGAAGAAGAAGCUGUCAACCCUUCAACUUUGCAACUGGAUUAUGAACCUAAACAUGCUGUGGUUUCCUCGUCGCCGCCAGCUCCACAUGACGAAAACACCACGAUUUCCGAUGUUUACAGCAACACUUCUAUCUUUCGGCCGUCUAUCCCGGAAGCACCCAGCCAGGUGGAGAAUUCAUUGCCGGAUGAAUUGCAUAAGGCGGUGGCUGUUUCUCCGAUCAAUUCUUUGACGAACGUUCUUCUUGUCGAUGUACUUGGCGAUAUCCUUGGACAAUUAAAUUCUUCGUCUGAAGGAAAACAACUGAGAGAAAUAUUUGAGAAUCCUCACUUAACAGCAUUGCUGGAAACGCACGACGUGGUGACGGAGACUCUGCAAGUGCCUGAUUCCACGUCUACACAGGGACCGUUUGGUAAACCUAUAUUCGGAAAUUUUGAUUUUUCUUCUUGGGAGAUGCCGGCGGAUAUCAGUGCUGUACGUGCUGUUGGUAUCAGAAAGAAUCCCGGAGAGCCGUUGGGUUUGACAGUAAAAACUGAAGAUGGACAGUUGGUUAUUGCGAGAAUACUUGCUGGAGGAGCAGUUGAUCGUCAAGGUCUCCUUCACGUCGGUGACAUCAUUGGAGAAGUUAAUGGUGUCGUCGUUCGUUCAGCGGAACAGUUGCAGGUUGAAAUCGCACGCUGCAGGGAACACAUUCAACUGAAGAUCUUACCCAGUCCGCAAGAGAAUGGUUCUAAUGGGGCUCAGGUAGGCCAAUCGCCUAGCACAAUCCUGGCUUCAGAAACGAUCAACAGCGCUACGGUGUGCUGCGUUCGAGCUCACUUUGACUAUGAUCCGAAAGAAGACAAACUACUUCCAUGUCCAGAGAUUGGUCUCGCUUUCAAAAAAGGAGAUAUUUUGCAGGUUGUUAACCAAAGUGAUCCCAAUUGGUGGCAAGCCAAGAAGGUUGGUUGGAGUGGCCCAGCAGGAUUGAUUCCUUCGCAAGAGUUGGAAGAGCGUCGCAAAGCGUUUGUAGCCCCAGAAGCUGACUUUGUUCACAAAAUAGGCUUUUGUGGAACUAGAAUCUCUAAAAAGAAAAAGAAAUUGAUGUACCAAAUCAAGUCUAGUGUUGACUUGGAUAAAGCAGAGUUGCUUCUUUACGAGGAGGUUACUCGUAUGCCACCAUUUCGCCGGAAGACCUUGGUGCUCGUUGGAUCGGAGGGUAUUGGUCGACGCACAUUAAAGAACCGAUUGAUCAACAGUGAUCCUGACCGCUUCGGAACUACUAUGCCUCACACAUCUCGACCGAUGCGGGAACUUGAGGAAGACGGUAUGGGCUAUUGGUUCGUCUCACGUGAAGAGAUGGAACAUGACGUGCGUGAUCAUCAAUUUCUCGAGUUCGGUGAACACAAUGGUCACCUUUAUGGUACAAAGUUAGAUACCAUCCGUGCAGUAAUCCGCCAGGGUAAAAUGUGUGUUUUAGAUUGCAGCCCAAACGCACUAAAAACUCUUCACAACUCACCAGAGUUUAUGCCUUAUGUCAUAUUUUUAGCAGCCCCUGGAAUGGACCAAUUGAAAAGCAUUUACGAGAACUCGCGAUAUUCCAGUCGAAAUCUGGGAACGUUUGAUCGUUCCAGCUCCAUUCGUUUCAGUUCGAGAAGAGCACGUACUCUCGAAUCCCUGACGUCUUUAUACGAGGAAGAGGAUUUCAAAAAUGCAUUAGAGGAAAGCGCUCGUAUUCAGAGAAUUUACGAGAAAUAUUUCGAUCAGAUUAUCAUCAAUGAAGAUCCCGACCAAACGUUUCGCAAAGUGGUCGAAGCACUGGAAAUUCUUUCCAACCAACAUCAGUGGGUUCCCGUUUCAUGGGUCUAUUAGACAAAAAAACAAACCAACAAACAGAACGAAUUCAUUGCCAAUAACAUUUCAGUGUAUUUUUAUUGAAUUGCUUUUUUUCUCACUUGCCUACUGUAACGUCACAGGCCCCAAGAUCUUUUGAGAAUCUGAAAUUUUUAUUUUCGACUGUUGAAUCCUCUUCGCGUGAUUAUGGCGAAGUUGUUAUUUUUUACGAAAAACAUUUACGUUCGUUUCAUCGAGUUAUUUGAGCAGCAUGGUUUGAACGCAGAUGCAGAGUUUGGUUCAUCUGUACUUUUAAAGCCUAUGAGCAUCCAAUAGGUUGCCUGAAAGACAUGCUUGUGUGAAAGAACCCCACUGUCGAAAAAAAUAAGAUUUUGCUUACAUGUUGUAUUUUUUUGGCAGCUCUCUAUUUUUGGGGCAACAUUUUGUUAUGAAAGUGUGAAUGUCUAUAACUUGCGAUACAUCGAUCUUAAAUUGCAGAACGUAAAGCCCUCCGCAAGAGCAGCUGUAACUUCAAAUGAUAUGUUCUUCUGUAGUUCAGCCAUAAUCUAUUGAUCAAAAUGGAAUACAAUAAGUGCAGCACA